CUAUAAAACCGUAAUAUCUGUUGACCACAACAGCAGUCAUCCUUUGAGGUAACAAAGUUCAACUUACAAAAUCAGUUUGAAAAGUAUUUGGUUAACAAAUACAUACAUACAUACAACGCCAAUAAGUCAACAAAAAUUAGCGAAAUUUACACAAUAUAAAUUGCAAAAUGCCUUGUCCAUGCGGAAGCGGUUGCAAAUGCGGCACUCAGCCAAAGUCCGGUAAUUGUGGUUGUGGUUCGGCCUGUAAAUGCUGCCCUUGUGGAAGCGCUUGCAAAUGUGGUUCGCAGUCCCAAGGCGGCAGCUGUGGUUGCGGAAGUGGCUGCAAAUGCGGACAGUAAAGUGUAUAAAAAAAUGCAAUUUCGCUAGCAUAAACUGUUUUUUGUGUUAUGCUAAAAAUAAAUAAAUAAUUGAACGUAAAAAA